AUGUAUCGUCGAAAUCGAAAAGUUGUGGGGGGUAGAAGUUAUUUGCGUUACAACCCAGACAACCUUGAGCAAGCGUUAGAGGACGUUGCAAAUGGCGCCACCUUCGCAGCGGCGAGUCGGAAGAACUUUCCACGUAGUACUCUGCAGGACAAGUGGUAUGGAAGGCACGGUAAACCGGUGGGCCAUCCGACCGUGUUGAACCGGAUGGAAGAGGCCGUAAUUGUCGACACAAUUAAUGAGCUGGUGAAGUGGUCGUAUCCAUUAUCAAAGCUGGAUUUGCGCCUUAUUAUUAAAGGAUACUUGGAUAAACAAGGUAAAACGACAUGUUUGAAAGACAACAUGCCCGGAAAAGAUUUUAUUGAGUAUUUUAUGAGUCGUCAUAACCUUUCUCAGCGCCUCGCAACCAACAUUAGUCGCUCUAGAGCCUCGGUUUCAAGAGAAGUUGUGACAGAUUUUUUUAACAAUGUGCAAGAGAAAUUAGAGAGUACACCACCCAACCAAAUAUUUAAUUUUGAUGAGACCAACGUCACUGACGACCCGGGUGCAAAAAAAGUUGUCGUUCUGAGAGGGACAAAAAGAGUGGAACGUGUUAUGGAACAUUCAAAGGUAGCAAUAUCUUUAAUGUUCUGUAUAUCUGCAAGUGGUGAUAUUUUGCCCCCAUUUGUAUUCUACAAGACAGAAAACUUGUAUGAAACUUGGUGUGAAGGAGGACCGCCGGGAUCAAAGUAUGACGUGCAAAGACAGGUUGGUUUGAUUCCCGUACAUUUGAACAGUGGUUUCGCCAAAUUUUUCUCCCUCAUGUAG